AUGCAACAAAAGCCGAAUAGCAGUGACAUGGACUUCUCCAUAUGCUCAAAAUGCUUAGCAGACCAAACCCGCCUCACCAGGAAUGCUGACGGUGCUGAGUGCAAAAUCUGUACACUGCCUUUUACGGUUUACCAUUUCAAGGCGGACUCCAAAACCAAGAGGACCGUGAUUUGCCAUAAUUGUUCUAAGCAACGCAACGUAUGCCAAUGCUGUCUUCUGGACCUGCAGUGGCAGAUUCCGAUUGAGCUUCGAGACAGGGUGUUAUCGGCAUUACAGGACUCACAAGUCACUACGGCGGAAGCGCAAAAUGAAAUGAUGAAACGAUUCAUCGCCUUGAAAAAUGGAGAUAGUCACAAGCUAGGCGGUGCUUCGGUCACAAGUGAUGCCAAUAACACAGCACAAGUGCUGGCGCGCAUGCAAGAACGUGUUGCCGAUCUUCAAGACUCCCUUUCGACCACGGAAAAAGCCACAAAUGUUAAGGCUGCAGUAUCUGCACCCAGUGGUCGCGAAGGUGCAGAUAUCUCGCACUUGACUAAAAAACUUCCACUGAAGAGCUCACUACUGGAGCCCAGUCAGUCUUUUUUUCUCUACAACAUCGACCCAUCGAUGGCAGAAUGGGCCAUUGUAGAUGCUGUCUCUGGGAUUGCGGGAACACCCUCCUGGCAGGAUCCAAUGUCCACCUCUGUUGUAAUAAAUCACUUGGCUCGUUGUGGAGGAAUCCGUUUCAAGAGCUCAGAGCUAGCACAAAGGUUCCAGAAUGGCCUUGACACUUUUCAAACUGCUUCGAAAGUCACCAAGGGUAAACUCCCCGUUUCAAAUUCGAAAAUACAUGUGGUUGCUUGGCCACAGUUUCAUCGAGCAGCUCUCGGUAACAAAAACACCGAGUGCUUGCAGCUGGCCAAAGUUUUGGACACCUUGGUUCAAAGAGACCUUGUGCCUUUACCGGGUGUGAGGCCAAAUAUUAAAGAAACAUCCAAAGUUGGCAAGCCGCGCAAGAAUCGUGGGACAAAUAAAUCUAAAAAAAGUAGGAGAAUAAUGGACAUUGAGCUGUAA